GACUGUAACUAGCGUGCGUAUUAAACAUAACCUCGUUAUGUCAUUUUAACAAUAUACUUUUGAUCAUUUGUUAUUUUAAUUCGAUGUCGUCCUUAGUAAAAUCGAUAACCAGCGGUAUAAUUAAAUUAUGGAAUCCGUCAAAAGAAAUUGUAAGGUACCGUUAUCAUGCAGACAAAGUAGCUAAAGGACCUCUCAUACGAAGAUUUGGGUACGAAGAAAAAAUUUUUAAUAAAGGUACCCUCCCUCACACUGACGGCUUAAAACUCCCCAUGCCGACAUAUCGCCCUGGAAAUGCUUGGGCUGAACACAAGGCGCUCUUUGGACAAAACGAUUAUAUUGAUAUAUUAGGAAAUGAAGCAUUACAUCCGACAAGAAUAUUAUAUAAUGUACCAUCAUGGUUACGAGGUGCUUCAGGAAACGAGUUUCAAAUACUGUUAAGAAAACGAAGAGUUUUCAGGCAAACAGUGGCUCCCAUCGCUAGACCAACAAAAUGGAGAGAACUUAACAAAAGAAUAAAAUAUUUGUACAAAUUUUUGAAUCAAAAGACUAAGACAGGAUUUUCUGUACAAUAAAUAAUGUUAUAAUACAUGUAGAAAUUAUUGAAGUUUACAAAUAAAGA